UUUCUAUUUCCAUGCCCAAUAGCAAACACCUGAGUUAUUCAACCUCUCAAGUCACUUCUCUCCCUUUUUCACUCUUUCAAUGGCAAGAAUAUCUGAGCCUCUCAUUGUUGGUAGAGUCAUAGGAGAUGUUCUUGACUCUUUCACACCAAGCAUAAAAAUGUCUAUCACUUACAACAACAAGCAAGUCUGCAAUGGGCAUGAGUUCUAUCCUUCCACGGUAACCACCAAACCUAGGGUUGAGGUUCAAGGAGGUGACAUGAGAUCUUUUUUCACGCUGGUCAUGACUGAUCCAGAUGUUCCUGGCCCUAGUGAUCCUUAUUUAAGGGAACACCUACACUGGAUAGUCACAGACAUUCCUGGCACAACAGAUGCCACAUUUGGAAGGGAGGUUGUGAGCUAUGAGAUUCCAAGGCCAAAUAUUGGGAUCCACAGGUUUGUGUUUGUUCUGUACAAACAGAAACGCAGACAGUCAGUAACCCCACCUUCUUCAAGGGAUCACUUCAACGCUCGAAGUUUUGCAGCCGAAAACGAUCUUGGCUUACCAGUUGCUGCUGUUUAUUUCAAUGCACAGAGAGAAACAGCCGCAAGAAGACGCUAAGUUAAGCCCCCCCAGCAAAAAAUAAAAAAUAAAAAUGUUAGUGCAAAUGUAUUAGAAUAAAGUGCUCUACUAAGGCUUUUUAAGAGUUACAUCUCUACUCUCUAUUAUGCACAUGUAAUUAUAUAAAAUUAAAAUAAACUUGCAAAAUAUCAA